CGCACUCCGGGGCCGCGCUGUUGCGGAGCGGGCUCCUUCGCUUCCUUUUGACCUUUCACCCCAAGAUGGCGGCGCCCGUCGGUCCGCUGAAGUUUUGGAAGCCGGGGACAGAAGGGCCUGGUGUCAGCCUUUCAGAGGAGAGACAGAGCGCUGGUGAAAGCUCUAGUGUUUCAGUGAUCUAUAAUCCGUAUGUUUCCCUUUCUAUUGAACAACAGAGGCAAAAACUACCAGUUUUUAAGCUUAGAAAUCACAUCCUUUAUCUGGUAGAAAAUUAUCAGACAUUGGUGAUUGUUGGAGAAACAGGAUGUGGGAAAAGCACUCAGAUUCCUCAAUAUCUAACAGAAGCUGGCUGGACUGCCGAAGGGAGAGUGGUGGGAGUAACACAACCCCGGAGAGUUGCUUGUGUUUCAAUCGCAGGCCGGGUAGCUGAGGAAAGGGGUGCCUUGCUGGGUCAUGAAGUUGGGUACUGCAUACGAUUUGAUGAUUGUACUGAUCCACAAGCUACAAGGAUUAAGUUCCUGACUGAUGGGAUGCUGGUGAGAGAAAUGAUGGCUGAUCCAUUGCUAACAAGAUACAGUGUCAUCAUGUUGGAUGAAGCCCAUGAGAGGACCUUAUAUACAGAUAUUGCCAUUGGCUUAUUAAAAAAGGUUCAAAAGAAACGAGGAGACCUUCGCCUGAUUGUUGCAUCAGCUACACUGGAUGCAGAGAAAUUUAGGGAUUUCUUUAACCAAAAUGAGACCAGUGACCCAAGCAAAGAUACCAGCAUGAUCCUUACAGUGGAAGGGCGAACAUUUCCCGUGGAUGUCUUCUACAUUCAGAGUCCUGUUCCAGAUUAUGUGAAAUCAACUGUGGAAACUGUUAUGAAAAUUCAUCAGACAGAAGGUGAUGGGGAUAUACUGGCAUUUUUAACUGGCCAGGAGGAAGUGGAAACAGUUGUUUCUAUGCUGAUAGAACAGGCCCGUGUCCUUGCUCGCACAGGGAUGAAAAGACACCUGCGAGUUCUUCCAAUGUAUGCAGGAUUACCUGCUACUGAGCAGAUGAAAGUGUUUGAGAGGGUAUCUCCCAACGUUAGAAAGGUGAUAGUGGCCACUAAUAUUGCAGAAACGUCCAUCACAAUCAAUGGAAUUUCAUUUGUGAUUGACUGUGGCUUUGUGAAACUCCGUGCAUAUAAUCAAACAGCUAUUGAAUGCCUUGUGGUUGUCCCAGUAUCAAAGGCCUCUGCCAAUCAGAGAGCAGGUCGUGCAGGCCGGAACCGCUCAGGAAAAUGCUACAGACUUUACACAGAGGAAGACUUUGAGAAGUUGCCACAGUCCACCAUUCCCGAGAUGCAGCGCAGUAACCUGGCACCAGUCAUCUUGCAGCUCAAGGCUUUAGGAAUUGACAAUGUGCUUAGAUUUCCUUUCCUCUCGCCUCCACCUGCUCAGUCAAUGGUACAAGCUUUGGAGCUGCUCUAUGCAUUAGGAGGGCUUGAUAAAUAUUGCCGCCUCACGGAACCUCUUGGAAUCAGGAUAGCUGAGUUUCCUUUGAACCCCAUGUUUGCAAAGAUGCUCCUAGAAUCAGGGAAUUUUGGUUGCUCACAGGAGAUCCUGAGCAUUGCAGCCAUGAUGCAGAUCCAGAAUAUCUUUAUGAUUCCUCCAAACCAAAAGACACAAGCUAUCAGAGAACACAGAAAAUUUGCUGUGGAGGAAGGUGACCAUCUCACUAUGCUUAAUGCGUAUGAAGCCUUUAUAAAACACAACAAGAGUUCCCAGUGGUGUCAGGAUCACUUUCUGAAUUAUAAAGGUCUUGUCCGAGCCACAACUGUGAGAGAGCAGCUGAAAAAACUUCUUGUCAAGUUCAAAGUACCAAAAAAGUCCAGUGAAGGAGAUCCAGACCCUGUUCUAAGGUGUAUAGUUUCUGGAUUCUUUGCUAACGCAGCCAGAUUUCACUCUACCGGAGCAUACAGGACUAUUCGCGAUGACCAUGAACUUUAUAUACACCCCACCUCAGUGCUGUAUGCAGAGAAGCCUCCUCGUUGGGUUGUCUACAAUGAAGUCAUGCAGACCUCCAAGUAUUACAUGCGAGACGUUACAGCAAUUGAAUCUGCUUGGCUAUUGGAACUGGCCCCUCACUUUUACCAGCAAGGAACGCACCUUUCCCUGAAAGCCAAAAGAACUAAAGUGGACGAUCACUGACUCCCCGCGGCUGUCGAACUUUUCAGCGCGAGACGCAGAACCUGCCGCCAAUUUGAAACUGUGCUACUGUCCAUCCAACAAUUAGUUGAUUAGCAACCUGACCCCACAUCAACUAUAACUGUUGAAAUGCCUGCCUGCCAGGAUCCUGUAGGGAUUUUUGCAUGACCAAUACAUUGUAACACUUAAGUAGAGCUUGCAUUGUGGAUAUUUUUUUAUCCUACAGUCUUAAAUGUGAUGACCGCUCCUGUUCCCCAGGGCAAUUUUGCUCCUUUUAAACUAGGUAGUUUGAAACUAACAAUACAAAAGAAGACAUAACAAAAUUGUAGGGAAUUUCGCAAUAUGUGGAUAGCAACACUUGAACCCCUUGGGGAGGAAGGGGGAGGGUGGGGGGGGGAACGACACCCUCAGAAUGAGGAGGUGGCGCUCAGGAUCCUUUAGACCACUGUGAAAGCUGUUGGUCAUCCUAGACCUGCCUGCAAAUUGUAGGCAGAUUUGGGACCACAAGCAAAGCCUUGAAAUACCUUAAUGGGUUGCAAUGAAAACCUUGAAACUGUGAUUGUGCCUAACUGCUGUGAUUUUCCUUUUUUUGCUGUCAAGCAAUAGGUUCUAAUACUUUAUUGACUUUCCCUUCUUUUCUCCUUCACAUUUUUUUUCAUGACUUGCUUACAAGCCGAACCUGUUUCCAUAAACAUGAUGUGUUAACGUGCACCAAAGUUUCCCCCCCACCCCCCCACCCCAAAGUUUAAGCUCUUUUAGAGAGGAGUUUAAUUGGGCAGGAUGUACAUUACAUUCGCAAGCAAGGUUGGAUGCAAGUUGCUUGCCUUUUUGUUUCAGAAUGAGAAAUAACUUGAGGGGCCGCCUCUUGCAGAAAUAAUCUGGUUGUAUUACUAACUUUUUUUGAUCCUGUGGAUGUUGAAAAACUGCCGUGCUGGAUCCGUGGUCUUGCAAAUCUUGCUUUGGAGUGAGAGUCCUGAUUGCCACCACCAAUCAGACAGUUGGCAGUUAGAUAUUUUACAAAAGUAUAAACCUCUUUGCAGCCUGGAAGCCAUCUAGGUAACAUAUAACAAGAUAAAUGGGAUGGUGGAAGGGGGAACCUGCAGGAAAAAAGUGUUGACUGCACACAAGUGAGGAGUGCCAUCAUUAGAUAGACACAGGAGGACCAUCUUGAGAGGAAGUUCUCUUUUGUUCUCCAGACUGCGGAGGAGGAAGUUGAAGAGGUGCCUUUCACCAGGAAGUCGGACAGAGGUAGGGCCACUUAGACCUCCACUGAGUGUCGAAGAUACUUCCUGUUAUUUCCAGACAAAAAACCCACACCAUUCCUUAUUCUGCUUCUGAUGUCACUACAGUAUAAGACUGAAAGAUGAACUAUGAGGAGAAGUUGGGUCUUCUCAUCUCCUUAUGCUUCUUAAUCCCUUUCCUUGACUGCAAAUUUUCCUUGCUUUCAUCCUGAAUAGAGGUAAUAUCUGAUUAGAAUGAGUGCAAUAAGUUUUAAGUUCCCAGCUUGCAAUUUGUGGAACUGACCUGUUUUCAGGAAAAGUUCCUGUUGCUGAGUGACCUAGUGAAAUCUAUCUGAUGGUGCUGCCUUUAGGUCAGUGAACGCCAUUGUGCUUCCAUGAACCCUGGGGGAAAAAGCGUAUAGGAUACAUGGUGAACUUAGCAGCUGUUAUGACUACCUUCCUCUAGGGCGAAGCGUGGUCUUUGUAGCAUGCACUGGUUAAACUGCAGUUGCUGCCUUUCCACACAAAAACCUUUUGUUGCAUCAGCAAUAUAGUUUCAGAUAAGAAAAUAUUUAUUUUCACAAAACAUUUAAUUUACAGUGAUGUGGUUUCAAUGUGUGGGUUUGGUUUUAGAACAUUGGAUUGUUAUUGUUUUUUGAAUACCUUGUUCCUUCGCCUCUUUUUAAAACAUAUGUAAAUGACAGCAUUUUAUUUUUUUUACACAGAAUAAGGGUCUUCCUUGCCCUGGAUGUGCAUUAAGAGCCACUUUUUCAGACCUUCCCUCCCAUUCUGCUCCCCACAAACCUGCAAAGAAGCUUGUUCUGUCAGAAUGUGGUCCACUCAGUGUCUUUGUGCUGUAUAUAUUAGCUUAACAAAAUUUCAUUCCCACUCCUGGAAUUCUGAUGCAACUGGGUUUGUCCCUCUCUUUCUCUCUCUCUGUAUGUGAACUCUGUAGAGCCGGGGUUGUCUUUUUAUCUUUAUGUACUGUGUGGUGUCCAGAAUAUUGUUGACGCUCCGUUAUGGGCAUCUGAACUUGUACCUAAAAGCUGUUUUCCCUUUCAAGGAGCUUACAAAGACCCGGAUACAAAGUGUGUAAAUUUCCAUGUUGCUUUGUCCUCUGGUAUCAUACUUUAUAGAGAAAAAAUAAAUAAAGCUGUGGAAUUAAGAA